AUGGCAGACGAGCUCAAGGUUCCCUCAGAGGGCAGGAAAUCUCGUAAACAGUCUACGUACUAUCCAGCAGCCGCGUCGACAUCCAACACCAAGCCGUACAGCAAGAGUGCCGCCAAACGGUCAUCUGUACUCGCUUUGGGGUCUAUAGAACAUCUGCAAUAUUACUUUACAAAGACGGGCUUAGCCGCAAAACAGAAACCCGGCUUCAAAGCCAAAGGUCUAGUACCAGCUAUAGGCGGUGGUCAUCUCAGAACACCGUCCGCGAUUAGCGGAAUACCGCAAAUCGCAUUCGAUCUACCGCCGUCGCCAGUAGUACCGCCCACAAUACAGCAUCCGUUCGUAGACGUGGUCAAAGACUACGAAGUAGAUCCGGAAGAAUUGUUACCAGGACUCGUCGCGGAUUUGCAACGUGUGUCUGACCUCUGGCACAUUGGCCGCCCCGAAGAAGAGGUCGCCACCCCCGCUCCCGCCAAACAGGAUGCGCUACGGCCCACACCUACGAUAGCCAGUCCAGGAGAGUUUGACGUUUUGCUGGUACUGCAGGCAACGACAAAUGCCAUUAGGUCGGUGCGGAAUUAUCUCGUGGCUCUUCCGGACGAGACUCCUAUAUUGAAUACGGCUCCGACGUUUCGUCCUCAUACAAUCUCUCACCGACCUUCUCCGGCGAAGAAGCCGGCGCAGCGACCUGGCAACGACCCACUCAGCAAGAUUAGGCGUGAGGCCCUCGACGUUCUUGCUGCGCUUCGUGGCAUCGAGGAGAGAUAUCGGCUACCGAUGACGGAUGAUUCCUUUGAAGGUGCAUCGGAAAAUGGGUCUGGCUCGACCCGCUCGGCUCCUUCUCCGUCCGGACACCAUUCCGGAGACGACGACUCGGAAUCAACUGCCUCGUUCAAUUUUUCCAUGGUCACUGUUCCGGGUCGCAAGAAGACGGUUCCAGUCUGGCCGGAUGAGGAAGAGGAUGUUAUGAACGACGAUACAGAGCAAGAGAGGCGCGAAAACUGGGAUGAAAAGCUCGUCCUUGGCGGAGGGUGGUUAUAUCGAAACGAUGUCUCCUUCUCCGACGUACAACAGGAAAAGCAGGUUGUCGUCAAAUACCUAAACACAGUCGACGCCGUUCUCUUUCCGGGGGACCAUCAAAAUGGUGUCCGUGGCUGGUCGAAGACCCUCGACAAGAUCCAGGACGAGAGACGUGGCUCGAGUCGCAACUCGAGUGUCAAUGGACGGUUGACGCCUGAGAGACAACCAUCGCCUGUAGCCAAGUUGCGCGCAAAGCGAUCGGGUGGGUUGCUCACGGACACCAUGCAAGCAAUGACCCUUACCGAGGAGCCUGAGGACGAGCCAGCCUCACCCAUGGACGAGGAGCAUUUACCCAACUGGGCUAAACGGACGGCUUUUGUAGAUGAUCCGAUGGGACGUACAUUCGCCCUUUUGGUUCAUCUACUGCCUGUCGAGUUGCUGCAUCUGCUUCCACCCCCAUCGGAAACUCCAUCGAGCGAAGCACUCAUGAUGUCACUCUGUUCUGGCCAACUUUUAUGUGUUGCCUACAAUGCUGGGGUUCGCAAGUCGAAGAAGCCUUGGGGCUACAUCAAUGCGAAUGCGGUUCACGAUAUUGCCGCUUUGGAGGCUGAUGCCGCCAAGGACGGCGAAGGCGAAGGAGAAAAGGAAAAGAGAAGGACCGCUUGGACGUUUCGUCGUACGGAGAAUCUCAGGUUGUGGGCGGCAGCACUCAAAAUGCGCUAUAUGAUACCACUGGUCAGCCCUGCAAACCUUACAGCUGGUGGCAGCCCGCGGAACGGAACUCCCGCAACCUCGCCCUCAGCUCUGACACUUUCCUUCGGGCAUAACGUCACACCGUUCUUUUUUGAUGCCGCCAUAGUGGCCAAAAAGGGUCCUCUCUGGGAGGAGAUGCUUCAUGAUGCUGUCAUUCUCUGGGUCAACGCUGUCGUAGCGGAAAAGCGGGGCGAUUCGUAA